CACAUAUAUAUGCAGGUCAUCGCCAAUUUUUCACCUAAAAAUUUUUCCUGAAAAAACCUCGUACCUACCUUCACCCCUCUUCUCCUACAUUCAAUUUCCGUUCAACCAUGGGUAAAAAGGCUAUUGACUCCCGUAUUCCAGCGCUUAUUCGCAACGGUGUGCAAGAGAAGCAGAGAAGUUUCUUCUUCAUCGUGGGUGACAAGGCGCGCAACCAGUUGCCGAACCUCCACUACCUCAUGAUGUCGGCGGACCUCAAGAUGAACAAGUCGGUACUUUGGGCAUACAAGAAACAGUUAUUGGGGUUCACAUCGCACCGCAAGAAACGUGAGGCCAAGAUUAAGAAGGACAUCAAGCGCGGGAUCCGUGAGGUCAAUGAGCAGGAUCCAUUCGAAGCGUUCAUCUCCAACCAGCACAUCCGCUACGUCUACUACAAGGAGACCGAGAAGAUUCUUGGUAACACCUACGGGAUGUGUAUCUUGCAAGACUUUGAGGCGUUGACGCCUAACUUGCUUGCCAGAACCAUCGAGACUGUCGAGGGUGGUGGGUUGGUAGUAAUUCUCCUCAAGUCCAUGGCCUCAUUGAAGCAGUUGUACACCAUGUCUAUGGACAUCCACUCGCGCUACCGGACAGAGGCGCACAACGACGUUGUGGCACGCUUUAAUGAGCGUUUCCUCUUGUCCUUAGGUUCGUGCCAGACGUGUCUCGUGGUGGACGACGAAUUGAACGUUUUGCCGAUCAGUGGGGGCAAGCACGUGAAGGCGCUUGCGCCAAAGGACGAUGACGAAUUGACCCCAAAGGCACAGGAAUUGAAGGGAUUGAAGGAGAGCUUGGCGGAUAUUCAACCAGCUGGCGCGUUGGUGGGCUUGUCCAAGACCGCCAACCAGGCCAAGGCCAUUCUCACAUUCAUCGACGCGAUUUCUGAAAAAACCCUCCGCAGCACGGUCACACUCACCGCGGGUAGAGGCCGUGGGAAGUCCGCGGCGCUCGGGAUUGCCAUGGCCGCGGCGGUGUCCCACGGGUACUCCAAUAUCUUCGUGACCUCACCGUCCCCAGAAAAUUUGAAGACGUUGUUUGAGUUCAUCUUCAAGGGGUUCGACGCGUUAGGCUACACCGAGCACUUAGACUACGAUAUCAUCCAGUCGACCAACCCGGCCUUUAACAAAGCGAUUGUGCGUGUUGACAUCAAGCGCGACCGCCGCCAGACCAUCCAGUACAUCGCGCCAGGCGAUGCACACGUGUUGGGGCAAGCCGAGUUGGUAGUAAUCGACGAGGCAGCUGCGAUUCCGUUGCCAAUCGUGAAGAAGCUUUUGGGGCCAUAUCUCGUGUUCAUGUCAUCCACAAUCAAUGGUUACGAAGGUACCGGCCGCUCCUUGUCGCUUAAGUUGAUCCAGCAGUUGCGUGACCAGGCGGCAGCGCCGACCGAUACCGAGGUGGCAUCGCGCGAUAAGAAGGCCGCGGAUAACGUGCAUACUCGCACGUUACGCGAGGUUGUCUUAGACGAGCCGAUCAGAUAUGCGCCGGGUGACCCUGUUGAGAAGUGGUUGAACAAGUUGUUGUGCCUUGACGUGUCUUUGUCGAAGAACUCGAGAUUCGCCGCCAGAGGGACUCCUCACCCAUCUCAGUGUACCUUGUACGCGGUCAACAGAGACACCUUGUUCUCGUACCACCCGGUGUCAGAGAACUUUUUGCAGAAGAUGAUGGCAUUGUACGUGGCUUCGCACUACAAGAACACGCCGAAUGACUUACAGUUGAUGUCUGAUGCUCCUGCACACCAGUUGUACGUGUUGCUUCCGCCGAUCGAGGAAGGCGACAACCGCAUUCCAGACCCGUUAUGCGUGCUCCAAUUAUGUCUCGAAGGUGAGAUCUCCAGGGAAAGUGUGCGCAACAGUUUGAACCGUGGGCAGCGUGCUGGCGGUGAUCUCAUUCCGUGGUUGGUAGCGCAGCAGUUCCAGGACGAAGAUUUUGCGUCGUUGUCCGGGGCCAGAGUCGUGCGUAUUGCCACCAACCCAGAGUAUUCCAGGAUGGGUUACGGUUCGCGUGCCCUCGAGCUCCUCAAGGGCUACUUCGAAGGCGACUUUACUGAUCUCGGUGAGGGAGCUGUCAAGGACUACUCGCUCCCACGCGUAUCCGACCGUGAGCUAGAGAACGCCUCGUUACAAGAUGAGGUCAAGUUGCGCGACGCUAAAACAUUGCCACCGCUUUUGUUAAAGUUAUCCGAGCAGCCACCGUACUACCUCCACUACCUUGGGGUAUCGUUCGGACUUACGCCACAGCUACACAAGUUCUGGAAGCGUGCGCAGUACGUACCGGUGUACCUCAGACAGACACAGAAUGAGUUGACGGGAGAGCACACAUGUGUGAUGUUGCACACGUUGAAGGGCCGUGAGAGCAAGUGGUUGGACGCGUUUGCGCAGGACUUCCAUAAGCGCUUCCUCUCGUUGCUCGCAUACGAGUUCCGCAAGUUCACCUCAGUGCAGGCGUUGAACAUGCUCGAGAGCACGCGCGCAGUGGCACUGGCGGGCGAGAUCGCGCGCUCAGCCUUGGAUGCGGCGUUCUCGCCGUUCGACUUGAAACGUCUCGAGUCCUACUCCAACAACCUUAUCGACUACCACGUGAUUGUCGACAUGUUACCGUUGAUUUCGCGUAUGUACUUCGGUGGUGACAUUGCUGCGGGCGUCAAGUUGUCCAGCGUGCAGUCGGCAAUCUUGUUGGCCAUCGGUUUGCAGCACAAGGAUAUGGAUCAGAUAUCCAAGGAGUUGAACUUGCCAUCGAACCAAUCCAUGGCCAUGUUUGCCAAGAUUGUGAGAAAGGUGUCCGUGCACUUCCGCGACGUGUUGGCCAAAGCCUAUGACGCGGCCAUGCCGGACGAGGAAGAGCAGCAGCUCAACGAAGAGCUCCUUAUUGCGCCGUUGGCCGCAUUGGAGGCCGAGUUGGACGAAGCCGGUGACGAGGCCACCAAGGAGUUGCGCGAGAAGCAGAAGGCGUUGAUUGACUCCAUUGAUAUGUCCGAGUACGCGAUUGAUCAUGAAGGUGACUGGGCUGAUGCCAAGUCUAUGAAGAAGGCUGUUGCUGGUGGUGUUGUUACCGUGAAGGACAAGAAGAGCAAGAGAAAGGCUGAGAAUGCAGGGGAAAUUUAUGAUGAGGAGAUGAAGGCACUUAAAAAGACUAAGGGGAAGCUGUCAGUCAAGCUGAAGAAGAAGUAGCGAGGUUGAGCUAAGCAUUUGAGUGAAGUGAUUGAGCUAAGCAUUUGAGCGGAGCAAGAUUGCCUCCUAGUAUUUUUGUAUUUAUUAUUUGUAUUUUAUCGAUGAA